CAGCUCUGUCCCAAGUUAGCAGCGGCGGCCACUGCAGCAGUAGCAAGCAGUAGCAGCAGCAGCAAGCGCAAGGCAAGCCUUGUCAACGUCAACGCCGGCCUCAAACGUCAACCAUCACCUCAAACCCACGCCCGUAUCCUCCUUCUCCUUCUCCUUCUUCUUGUCCAUCGCCCCGUGUAUCACCACCGUCUAGAGCCCCCAACACACCACACCUUGAUUCUGGAAACCGACCGACAUUUCUUUGUCGUCUCUCGAUCUCUACCCACAACCGCAAUAUGGAUACCCUUGUCGCCCGAUACAGUCGCCCGGCUGCCUUCUUAGCAGAGACCCAUGUCGACGACCAGCACGAUGAGCUCCACGAUGAUAGCACCGCCACCCUGUCUCUGAAGUUUGCCAUGCCCCCCAUAGCACAACCCUCGGCUUGGCUCCGCGCCGCAACGGAUGACCAUUCCAACCCGCAAUGUCCCAUCAAGAUCGCUCACGGUACCACAACUCUAGCCUUCCGCUUCCAGGGCGGUAUCAUCGUCGCCACGGAUUCCCGAGCCACAGCCGGCAACUGGAUCGCCUCGCAGACCGUCAAGAAGGUCAUCGAAAUCAACGACAAGAUGCUGGGCACCAUGGCCGGAGGCGCCGCCGACUGUCAAUACUGGCUCGCAUGGCUGGGCAUGCAGUGCCGUCUGCACGAGCUCCGACACAAGCGCCGCAUCUCGGUCGCCGCCGCCUCCAAGAUCCUCGCCAACCUCGUCUACCAGUACAAGGGCCAGGGCCUGUCCAUGGGCACCAUGUGCGCCGGUGUCACCAAGGAGGAGGGCCCCGCCUUGUACUACAUCGACAGCGACGGCACAAGGCUCGCUGGCAACCUGUUCUGUGUCGGUUCCGGUCAGACCUUCGCCUACGGUGUGCUCGACGCCGAGUACAGGUACGAUCUUACCGACGAGGAGGCUCUGGCUCUGGGCAGCAGAAGUAUCCUGGCCGCCACCCACCGAGAUGCUUACUCCGGUGGUUUCAUCAACUUGUAUCACGUCAAGGAGGCAGGCUGGGAGAAGCACGGUUUCAGCGACACCAACCCCAUAUUCUGGAAGACGAAGCUGGAGAGCGGCGAGUUCUCCAACGUCACAGCCGACUUCGUGGGUGACCGAGUGUAGGAUGCUGACUAGGUCACUUGGAAGGACACCUUGACACUCAGAUGUAGACAAGGCAUGCCCUACACCCAGGAAGGACUGCAGGCUAUCUGGAAUGUUUUGAUGCGUAUUCCGUGGUCUCCCCGAGGCCCAUUCAACUCGCCCGUGAUAGAACACUUGGAAGCUCUGGGAUAGAUGGAUCCUAGACCUAGACAUAAUUCUCUACACCAAACUCAAGCACAGCCUGGCUCCGACUCCGAUUCAGAGGGGGCUUUACACUCCGAACAUGCAUUGGAAUCAGAAAAGGCGUCACAGUCGGGCAGGCCAUCACAUUCGGGCGAUCCGGGGGAAAGAGUAAGACCAUGUAAAUGUACAACCAAGG